UGGCGAUGUAACUGCAACUGUAGUUUUACUUAAAAAUAAAUAAACAAUAGGUCCAUGAAAAUUUUCAUUUCAAGAUUUAAACUAGAUUUAUUUAAAAUAUACUUUGAUGGUUAACAAACUAACAAUAUUUUUUUCAUAAACUAUUGAACUAAAAUUAUCUGUCUCGCAUUUGUAAUAAAGAUGAAUACUUUAAAAGUUCUACUAUGUAUGAGAAAUGUGUCCAAGCUGUCAAUAAACCAAGUGGUAAAACCUUCCUUAGUUCAAUUUUCUACUGUCACAUCAAAGGACAAUAUUCCUGAAAAAAGCAACAAUAUUCAAUUUUCUAAAAUUGCCAAACCUGUAAAUGAAGAAGUGAACCCUGUAGAAGCUGAAAUUAUCACCAAAGAUAUUCUUUCAAAGAUUAAUACACAAAUCAAAGAGAAGGCACAUAGUCGCCUGUUUGCAGUCAUUCAGUUCUGUGAAAAUCAGUAUAAAAUUACUGCUGAAGAUAUCAUCUCAGUAGGAUCUUUUUUUCCUGCUAAAGUCGGUGAAAAAAUUCGCCUUGAGAAAGUACUGCUUGUGGGGAGUACAGAUUUCACUUUGUUGGGACGACCAUUAUUGAACAAAGAUUUAGUCCACAUAGAGGCUACAGUUAUUGAAAAAACCUACAUUGUUCCAAGACCUAUUUAUCGACAUUUUAAACAAUAUCGAAGAUUACAUUGGUUUCGUACACCUUAUUGUCUUAUUAGAAUAAACAGCAUAGAAUUUUUAAAUACACUAGAUAGUUUACCUGAUGUGGAGGGACUUCAAAACAGAGUUAUAUAUUAGUUAUUUUGUAUGUAUGCAUUAAAAAGCUUUAAUAAAGUUUUCUUUUAAAUCCAAA